AUUAUUUGUAAGAAACCGAUAUCGGCACAGGUGCCAAGUCGAUAUGGUUCGCGCAUUUUCGCACAGUCAAUGCCGAUAUCCUCGGCUUCUGUCGGACUGGCGCUAAUGUUCAGAUUUGCGUUUGCUUUGUUACUGCUGUACUCACUGCAGGUUUCCUGCGUAUCGUAUGCGGUAAAGACUUCAGAUUGGCUUGAAACAGUUUGCAAAGAUUUUGAUAAAUAUGGAGCAAACAUACUCUGCUGAAAACAUUUCCGUUAGACUGAUAACUGGCCUGCUACUCGGAAUACUGUUAACGUUUUCGGACGUCGCAGCUCACAUCAGUUUAGUUUAUCCCCGGGCUAGACAGUAUCCCAUAAACGCCCUGACUAACAGGAAUGCUCCGGUUGGACCAUGUGGAAUGCCCAAAGGAAAUGACGUUACUGAGCUGCUAAUGGGAAGCUCUUUUAAUGUGACCUGGGCAGUCGGCCAGCUGCAUGAAGGUGGAUACAGAAUUGAGUUACUAGAUAAAGAAUAUAAUGCAAUAGCAACAUUGGCUCCUCCGAAUGGAAAGGCCUAUGAAUUCUCUGGAAAUAACUCGGCUGGAAAUAUUGGAUACGUCACCCUGCCGGCGGAAGUGACUUGCGGUCGCUGCAUAAUUCGUGUUAUCAAGCAAGGCUUGGGUCCAGCGUGGACGAACACUCCCGCCUCGGCAGUUCCGCCUGGGUUCAGGACCUGUGCGGAUGUCAGCAUAGUGGAAAAGCCGACAACUGAAAAAUCGUCGUGUUCUGAUCACGGAACAUGGAAUGAUGGUUUCUGCAAGUGUGAAAAACCAUUUGUCGGCACCUUCUGCGAGUUUGAAGAGGAGUGCUUGGACGACACUGACUGCGACAACGGUGGAAAAUGCAUCAACACCCACGCCCAGUUCUAUCCUAAGCAUCAGUGCUAUUGUCCCACCGGUUGGUUUGGUCCGAAAUGCGCGAGCGAGUCAUCGGUCAAGGACUUCAACUUCCAACCGGAUCUAUACAGAAAACGCUCGUCGCCCGGUAAUUUUACGUUUUACUGGAGAAUCCUGCCAGAUAUCGGAGAAAUAGAGGUGAUUCUGGAAGCCGGCACAACCAACUGGGUCGGUUUCGGUUGGCGCCCGGAAGGGAUCAACACCACUUGCAAAACAUUUCCCAUCAUUCCAAAAGAAACAGUUUCAUCUGUUUCAAAAAAUGGAGAAGUCAUUCAGACGGUUGUGGAUUUCCAAGAUCAGGCAUUUUUCGCUGUGCCGCUCCAUCCCAUGGGUUGCAACGAUAUUACAUACGCAGCUGCUCAAGGACAACUGUGUCGCAUUCGUGACCUUUAUACUCGUGAUCACUCCACACCGCUACCAGAUGAAGUAUUUGGUGGGGAGCAAAGUCUUACAGCUGGAAACUGUUAUGAAGAUCCAGAUACAGGAAUCUUGCAUGUUUUAUUUCGCAAAAAAUUGCAAGCAUCUCAUCCCACCGACCAGUCUAUUGUCAAUGGCGUUAUGCAUGUGAUUUGGGCAAUAGGAGAAGUGCCAUAUUCCCCGACAACAAGCGAUGCCGACAUGUACAAAGAAGCCGACAGCAAAACGUUCUACCGAAAAGGCGAACUAAACAGUCAUGCCCACUCUCCUCGAAACAGAGGAUUUUUCAAAAUUAACCUGAUGACAGGUGGCUCGUAUUAGUUUCUGCAUUCGCAGCCUGGGCGAGAUACAUAUGUUUAUCUAUCGUAUUUGCGGACAACGCGCUCAGAUUUUUCGUUGUGAUGAAUUAGCUACAGCCGACAAACUCGUGAGAUUUUAAAUUGGAGCAACUGCGGUCUUGAUUUCCAUUGCGGACAGUUAUUAAUUUUGCAAUAUUUACGGUAAGAUAUGCAGAGUACAAUGCAUAUAAUACAAAUACGUCAUUUUUCAAUACUGCAGCGCGCAUGGAGUUUGAGCGC